AUGUCAUAUAUUGGUAUAAAUACAUCUGGAGGAAUAAAUCCUUGCAUCACAUUUUAUGAGAGAAUGUAAAGUUGUAUCAAUCGAGAGAAUCUACCAAACAAGCUAUGUGCUAUUGAAGGAUUAGAUUUUUUAGAGUGUGUAAAUCGUAGGAAAUAGGUAUAAUUACAUAAUAUUUCAAGUAUGCUCUUAAUUAUAAAAUUCAAUAGGAAUUGCAUAAGAAUAGAAUUUUAGUAUUACCAACAUAUGAUGUUGAAAAUGAUAGAUUUGUAUCAAAAUAUUAAAAUGCAACAGAAGUAUUUUAAUAAGCACAUUGAA